AAAAAUGAUUCCAUAUCUCUGCCACACACACACACACACACACACACACACACACACACACACACACACACACACACACACACACACACACACACACACACACACACACACACACACACACACACACACACGUUAUCAGUGGUGGGUGUGGCAGGUGAAUCCACAGAUAGCAAGAUUACACACACACACACACACACACACACACACACACACACACACACACACACACACACACACACACACACACACACACACACACACACACACACACACACACACACACACACACACACUUUAAUUGGUGCACUGCUAUCUUUAUUUUUUAUCUCUCUAUCUCUCUUUUUCUCUCUCACUAUCUCUCUAUGUCUCUUUCAUUCUCACGGAGGGCAGUGUGCGGCGCGGCCUUGUCACGUGGUGGUGUUGUGGUGGUGACGUGUGCUGUGGUGGGUGUACUGAAUGCUGGUGGAGUGAGUGGUGGUGGUGACUGGCAGGGUGUACUGACUUGGUGGUGGUGGUGGCGACUGGCAGGGUGUACUGACUUUGUGGUGGUGUGGUGUGGUGUUGUGGUGGUGUGGUGAUGAAGAAGCAACGGGUGCCCCUCUGCUGGGUACAGUCGGCUACCCUCACGAUAUACAAGGACGGCCGGCAUUAUGCUUCGGAUGGGACGCAAUGGAGCAGUCUGGGUCGUGGCGCCCUGACCCACCCUCGCCCCCCCACAGACCCAGGGGGGUGCUCGUGGUCCAGCUGGAGCCUGAAGGAGGAGGUGGAGGAAAACGUGUGGUCAGCUUGUGCUCGGCGACAUCCACCUGGCACUCCACCCCUGCCCCACCGCGCCCGCGCCGCCACCGCCCCCUCAGCCACGUCUCGAUCCCGAGCUAGUACCGUGGACCAGCUGGCUACCCACACCGCCCUCGCCGCUGCUCUCACGCUGGUGGCGCCCCUCGCUGUUGUGGGUAGGACGUGGCAGGACCGGACGCGUGUUUUGGAGGUGACGUCACUGCUGCUGGAGGCGCUGACGAGGAAGGUGGCGGCGCUGCAGGGGGAGCUAGACACGCCCCCGCCCUCCCCAGGGACACCACAGGGCUCUCUCAGGGCCAAGGAGAACUUGCGGAGCCAGCUGAUCCACACCCUAGAGAAGCUACAGCAGCAGUGGCAGCAGCUGCAGCAGGAGUACACCCAGCAGGCGCGAGGCGUGCUGCGCUGCGCCCACACCCGCGGCAAGAGCAACAGAAGCCAGCCAGCCAUCGGGUUGAAGCAGACGCAGAAAUCCAGGGUAAGUUGAUGAUCAGAGACGAGACACAGACGAACAAACAGGUAGUACAGCCAACCAUCUUCGGGACUGUGGCGGGUGACCUGAGCCCCAGGAACCACACCACGAGGAGACUAGUACGAGAGAUCAGCCUUUUAAAAGUUGUAGAUGAUGACGGGAAAGACUGACGACCAGUGAAAAGGUUUAAGAGAAAGCGUGUAAGAGUAUCACUGAACCCUUUAUUACUAACUGAAAAGAAGGUAUGCAAGAAAAAAAAAGAAAAAAAAUAUUUCCUUGACGCUGCCAAGACAAAGGCGGAUGAAGGAGGUGCAGACAUAAGCGUGCCACUGAUGUGAGUUGAAAGGAGGAAUGCAGAAAAACAAGCAGGUCGUUUAAACGCAUGAAACAACCUUUAUCUGGCCCGGCCAUCGCCCUGGUGGUGCCUGCGCGGUGCUCAGGGCCGGGCGAGGUGCUGGCCGCGACACUCAGCGAGGAAAGGAGGUGUAAGAUUGCAGCAGCCAUAUAGAGAAGAGAACAUUACAUGGAGAAGCGGGCACCGUUAUGACAUACCUGUGUGAAAAUGCAAAUACUGAGGAAGCAAAGAGAACAAUACAUAAAUUUCCCUUAAUAAGAGAAAAGAAAUGGAAAGAAAAGGCAGGAAACAGAAGACCCAGACAGUGAGAAGGGACACGCGAGGGAGUGACGUCUCAAAGCCCCCCAGCAACUCAACACCUGAGCGCCUUGGAGGAGACAGUAUUCUGAAACAUCCCUGCCCGCACCUCCAUUAUAUUCAAAAGGUUCUGAUUGAAGCGACACGGGUUUUUAAGGAUGUUUUCACGGUUCCAGUAACAGAUUAACAAUAUUUCUACAUCAUUAACAGGAGAAGCAGUCUUGAGAACCUGGCUUAUCAUCUCUGUGGCCUUGGAAAACAGUCGUGGUGAGAGAGCAAGGUGUUUCAGAAUACGUGCCAGGGUGCGAAGGAACACGGCUGGAUGCAUCAGUAGUCCUUUUUAUUCAUAGCUCAGUGGAUUCCAAAAGAGGCGGAAAAAUACAUAUAAAACUUUUUUUUUUUUCAUCGCGGACGUAACAAAGCUGGGUGGAGGGAGGUGGCUGGGAAAAUGCUAGGCACCCGCUGCUAACUUGGGAGUGAAAUCUGAACAGAGAUUUGAGCUUCCGCGCGAGAGAAGCGUCUACUGAGGCGUGGCGGGGGAGCGGGAUAAGGAAGAAAAACGCGUUACUCCCUUUGAAGAAUUUCCAGGAGAGUUUUCUUUGAGAUAAUGACUGCCUGGGAGAAGAGCGGCAGGGAGGCGAAGCUGUGGACGCAGUAAUACACGACACCACCGCGGGGGGACGGGGAGCUGUGUAGUCCAGUCCACUCGGCAGCAUGACAAAGAACAGCACGCUCCCAGGACUCAGAUCCCAAUGACUGGCAAAACUCAGGUGUGAAUCGCUAACGAGAGUAAGAUUUGAAUGAUUAAUAAUGCUGAGAUCUAAACAACACUCGGAUCUAAACAACUAACAUGACGAAGAUCAAAAUAACUAACAAUCUUUUCUCAAUAUCUCAGCAGCCUUCUUGAGCCAGUGCGCACUUUCUUUUUCUCCUUUUUUUCGUAUUUCAUGUGCGCCGUUGAUGUAAAUAAAUAACUUUUACUGAAUAUCUCGACACUUUCCUGGAUUUUUUUAUUUUAUUUAUUUAUUUUUUUCUCAACCUCUCAACACUUUUCUCUACUCAGCGCUCUUUUUCUUUUAUUCCCGUUUUAUGUUCUGCACCGCUGAUGUAAAUAAAUAAAAACUUUACUGAAGAUCUGAGCUUCUCUCACACCAAUGCACUUGUUAUUUAUUUGUCUAUUUUUUUGCAGGCUGUUGGGUAUAAAUUUGAGUUUUCCCACGGUAACUUUCACCAGCGAGCGACAACCAGAGCUCGAUUUAUUGGCAGAGCGAGUCAUUCAUCACAGCGCCGCCAUACAUACAUUUCCUAAUUUCCUAAUUCACGGGAGCACCCCUUCAGACCAGACUGGCGGCGUGACCUGACCUUGACCCUGACGUAAACUAGCAUAAUAUGACCCUUAACUAACCUAACCUAACUAACCUAACAUACGACGACAUCACUUAACAUAUCAUAACAUAACGUAAACCAACGCAACAUGACACACCAUAACAGCACAACGUUUUAACUUGUAACCUUUGUCAAACUAACGUAAUGUAAACUUUAAUCUUAACCUAACCUAACUCCAUCCCGUUGCUAUUUCACUCUCUACGCAACACAUCCUCAGCUCUUCAUAGCCCUCGUGAAACUCUCAAUGCAGACCAGUUCACGAGUCCGCGCACUAAGUCCCUUUCGAUUCACAACUACGGAAUUCAGUUUACUUUACCUAACUCCGUGUCAUCGCUUCUCAGGGCAGCUACGUUCAAUUUAAACCGAUCACGUCACCAGUUCAUCUUCAUUUUCACUAAGCUCUUAAUGUGAUUCUGUCAAUAGGUUCAUGUGUUAAAUUCCAGUUCAUACACGUGGCAUUCACCUCACUUGGUCUUAACCCCGUGGCGGCGCUGCUUGGGGCCUCUCUGCUCCUCCCCUGUGGCACUUCCAUCACAAGGCCGCCUGGGACUCACGGUGUUUUAUUUAUAUUUUUAUAGUGUUUUUUUCUUUCUUUCGAGAAGAGAAUUAUUUAUGGCAACUAUA